AUGGCCAAAAUCAAGAAGAAGGGAACCUCUGGCCAGGCCAAAAACUAUAUUACCAGAACGCAGGCGGUGCGCAAACUUCAGAUUUCUCUGCCAGACUUUCGUCGACUAUGCAUUUUCAAAGGAAUUUACCCCCGUGAGCCUCGCAGCAAGAAGAAGGCCUCCAAAUCGUCUACUCAGAACACGACCUUCUAUUACACGAAGGAUAUCCAAUACCUUCUCCACGAGCCGUUGCUCCGGAAAUUCCGCGACCAGAAAGCGCUUGCAAAGAAAAUCGCUCGAUCUCUCGGACGUGGACAAGUCGGCGAUGCCGCCCGCUUGGAGAAGAAUCAUGCGCCGAAGUUGACUCUGGACCAUGUUAUCAAGGAGCGUUACCCUACGUUCAUUGAUGCUUUAAGAGAUCUCGAUGAUGCGCUAUCUCUUCUUUUCCUUUUUGCGAACUUGCCCUCUGACAACCACGUCCCGCCCAAGACCAUUGCACUGUGCCAACGUCUUACCCACGAAUUCCAACACUACCUGAUCACGACAAACUCUCUACGGAAAUCUUUCCUUUCAAUCAAGGGUAUUUACUACCAGGCGACAAUCCAAGGCCAAGAUAUUAUGUGGCUGAUCCCCUACCGGUUUGUACAAAGAGUCAAUGGUGAUGUGGAUUAUCGGAUUAUGGCCACUUUCGUUGAAUUUUACACCACCCUGCUGGGUUUCGUCAACUAUCGCCUGUACUCUUCGAUUGGCCUUAGAUACCCACCGAAGUUUGACACUCGGAGCGAUGAGAACGGAGCUGAACUGGCGGCUUUCACUCUGGAAGGGCGCACAGUCGGAGAGACCCCGAAGGCCAUUGAAGGGGGUAGCAAGCCCUCAAAUGAUGCCGCCAACCAGGAGGUCUCUGCUGAAGUCCAGAAGAAGGUUGACAAGGUGAUUAAGAAAGCCGGUUUGGAUAAAAACAGCGGUGAACAAAUCACCGAGACUACCGAAGAAGCCACAGACGCCAUCGACAAGUUUGAGCCAGCGGCUCCCGAGGCUGACACCCUUCCCCAACCGGAUAUCAGUGGCGACCAAGCCGGCUCACUCUUCGCACCGUUCACAGUCUACAUAUCUCGAGAGGCCCCGAAGGCUCCUCUUGAAUUCAUCCUCCGCGCGUUUGGCUGCAAGCGAAUUGGAUGGGAUACUGUUCUCGGCGAUGGUGCUUUCACCCACAACGAAGCCGAUCCCCGCAUCACUCACCAGAUCGUGGAUCGACCCUCCCUACCUGAGGCUUCUCUCCCCGCUAUCCCCGCCCCUGCUGAAGAGGGUUCCAAUGGCGUGCAGAGAGUGAAACCUGGCACUCGGAUUCCCGGCCGCACAUAUGUCCAGCCCCAGUGGAUUUGGGAUUCAAUUAACGAGGGAAAGCUCCUACGCCCUGACCUGUAUGCCCCUGGUGCCACCCUCCCGCCCCAUCUCAGCCCGUGGGUUAAGUCUAAGAAGGGUGGCUACGAUCCCCGCGCUAGCUUGGCCGAGCAGGAAGAAGAAGGUGAAGCCGAUAUAGCUGCAGAGGAGGAGAGCGACGAAGAGAUGGAGGAAGCUGGCGAGGAGAAAUCUGCGCCCACGAAGGCCGUUGAGCCUGAGGAUGAGGAUGAGUCGGAGGAUGAGUCUGAAAAUGGCGGCAUGGAUGUCGCUGGCACUGAUGACGACGAGGAGAGUGAUGAAGAAGAGGAAGAAGAAGAAGAGGAUUUCGCUGGUAUUGAGGACGAAGAUGCUGGUUCCGAGUCCGAGGAUGAAGAGGAGACUGUCCGAACUCAACAUCAGAAGGAGCUAGAGGCUGAGGCCGCUGGUCUUCCCUUCUCGUCUAACGGCACCGCUGAUGCAUCAGUCAAGAAGAAGUCCCAGGCGAAGAAGAUGGCUUCUAAGAAGCGCCAAGAGGAGGAGGAGCUGGAGAGACAGAAGAUGAUGAUGAGUCGCAAGAAGCGGAAGUUGCUGGAGAAGAUGAUGUACUCGAACAAGAAGCAGUCAGAUGAAUCUGCGAAGCUGCGGUCCAAGCGGAGAAAGCUCGAGAAGGGCGAGGAAAAAUAA